AUGUUGUCUCGUGUGCAGUCUGCGGUGAUCCGCCGCGCCACUGGGGUGCGCGCUGCGUCGGCGGCGGCGGCCUCUGUUUCGAAGCCUGCGGAGCACAAGGGCCGCGUCGGCUACGUGUCGCAGGUCAUUGGUGCCGUGGUGGACGUGCACUUCAUGGAGGGCGUGCCGCCGGUGCUGACGGCGCUGGACGUGACGGAGGACCUCGGCCGCGAUGAGCCGCUGACGCUGGAGAUCGUGCAGCACUUGGAUGCGAACACCGGCCGCUGCAUUGCGAUGCAGACGACGGACCUGCUGAAGCUGAAGUCGAAGGUUGUGUCGACCGGCGGCAACAUCUCCGUGCCGGUGGGCCGCGAGACGCUGGGCCGCAUCUUCAACGUGCUGGGCGACGCGAUUGACCACCGCGGCCCCGUGUGCGAGAAGAUGCGCAUGGCGAUCCACGCCGAGGCGCCGAAGCUGGCGGACCAGGCUGCGGAGGACACGAUCCUGACGACCGGCAUCAAGGUGAUCGACCUGAUUCUGCCCUACUGCAAGGGCGGCAAGAUCGGCCUGUUCGGCGGUGCCGGUGUGGGCAAGACUGUGAUCAUCAUGGAGCUGAUCAACAACGUCGCGAAGGGGCACGGCGGCUUCUCCGUGUUCGCUG